AAAACAUGACACAAUCAAUCCAAGUAUUGGACCAGCGGACACAGAGGGACCUGCAGUACGUGGUGAAGAUGGAAGAUCAACUCCGUGGCCUGGAGACCAAAUUCAGACAGGUGGAGGAGAACCACAAACAAAACAUCGCCAAGCAAUACAAGGCCAUAAAGGCAAAAAUGGCAGAGCUGCGUCCGCUGAUCCCCGUACUGGAGGAGUACAAAGCAGACGCGCGGCUGGUUCAGCAGUUUAAGGAGGAGGUGCAGAACUUGACGUCCAGCCUCGGUCUCCUCCAGCAGGAGAUGGGAGCCUACGACUACGAUGACCUGCACUCCCGUGUGGUUAGUCUAGAGGAGCGGCUACGCGCGUGCAUGCAGAAGCUCGCGUGUGGUAAGCUGACUGGCAUUAGUGAUGCAAUCACUAUUAAAACAUCCGGGUCUCGGUUCGGAUCCUGGAUGACGGACCCUCUCGCUCCUGAAGGAGACACAAGGGUGUGGUACAUGGAUGGUUACCAUAACAACCGCUUUGUGCGGGAGUACAAGUCAAUGGCGGACUUUAUGACGUCGGAUAACUUCACGUCUCACCGGCUGCCGCACCCUUGGUCCGGGACGGGUCAGGUGGUGUACAAUGGCUCCAUUUAUUUUAACAAGUUCCAGAGCAACAUGAUCAUCAAGUUUGACUUCAAGACGUCCACCAUAAGUAAAUCUCAGCGUCUGGACAACGCAGGCUUCAGCAACACCUACCACUACGCCUGGGGUGGACACUCCGACAUCGACCUCAUGGUCGACGAGGGCGGGCUCUGGGCCAUCUACGCCACCAAUCAGAACGCGGGGAACAUCGUCAUCAGCAAGCUCCACCCUCUCACCCUGCAUAUAAUCCAGACCUGGACGACCAAUCACCCGAGGCGCAGUGCUGGGGAGUCGUUUAUGAUUUGCGGGACGCUCUACGUGACCAACGGCUACUCGGGAGGGACGAAAGUCUACUACGCCUACCAGACCAACUCCUCGACAUACGAAUACAUCGAUAUCGUUCUGCAGAACAAGUACUCGCACAUCUCUAUGCUGGACUAUAACCCACGAGAUCGCGCACUGUAUGCUUGGAAUAACGGACAUCAGGUCCUGUACAAUGUUACGCUUUUCCACGUCAUCCGCUCAGAGCAACUGUAACCUUGGAGGAUUUGGUUGGGAGUAUCUGAAGACAAUCUUUAGGAAUGUUCUUCAACAGAUUGUUACAAAAAUGCUAUGCUGAAUGAAAACUAAACCUGAACAAUAGACAUGUGGAUGGAACAUAGAACACAAAAUCAUAAAUAGAUGCCAAAAAACUUAAAUAAGCAAAGCCACGCCUUUCUUUUUUUACAAAAGGACUUUACUUUAUAGGACACAGUCUGAUCAGAUGUUUUCCAGAAGCACUAAAAAUACUUUUUAUUCAUGCUUUACUGCACAAUGAAAUGAAGAGAACGUUGGGAUUAGUUACAGACUAGCAGCCCACACUCAACCUCAUAAACGGAGCGUGUGCAGGAAAACUGAUGGUGCUUCACUUGGCAAACUAACAUGGACGGCUUACCAGUCUGUGCAAUAUCCUAAAUCCAAAUUGUAUGCUUUGCAGAGCUCAUUUCUAGAGGUAAUAUGAACAAAUGUGAUUGGCUGAAGGUGCUGACUGUUGAAAGCUUGUUCAAAAGGCUCUUGUGAGAUUUUACUUGAACAUCUCUGUGAUUAAGUUCUCUAGAUGGGGACCAUAUCAUGGUAUUUUAUAAUGACCUACAUGUAUGUAGCACCUGAGAACAGACCAAAGCGUGCUAUUAAAGUCAACAUGAAAUCACACAUUCCUGGUCUCAAUGUGUACAAUUACCGUA